AUAAAGUGUUACGAAUUCGGAAAAAAGGUUUCUCUUCCAAACACUUUCUAGGGUUUUCGCUCUCUCAGAUUAGGGUUUAAACAAUUACGAUGAAUCCCAUGGAUCUCUCCAAGAAGCGCAAAACGGAAGAGAACGGCGGUGCUUAUUCCAUCCCCGGGGAUCUCAAUUCCACUUUGCCGCCGCUGUCGUCCCAAUUAACCCCAGAAGACAUCGCAAAAAUCCUCGACCCAUUCUCCAAGGAGCAAUUGCUCCCAAUCCUCCGUGCGGCCAUCCUCCGCCACCCCGACGUCCUUGAAGCGGUGCGCGCCGUCGCCGAUUCCGACCCUUCCCAGCGGAAACUCUUCAUCCGCGGUCUCGGUUGGGAAACCAACACCGACAAGCUCCGCUCUGUCUUCUCGGCCUACGGGGAACUCGACGAAGCAAUCGUCAUCAACGAUAAGAACACCGGUAAGUCGAAGGGCUAUGGAUUUGUAACAUUCAAACACAUUGAUGCUGCUAUUUUAGCUUUAAAAGAACCGAACAAGAAAAUCGAUGGUAGGAUUACUGUUACCCAGCUUGCUGCUGCUGGCAAUUCCGGGAAUUCGCAAUCCACCGACGUGGCUUCUAGGAAGAUCUAUGUUGGGAAUAUUCCGUUUGAGAUAAGUUCUGAGAAGUUGCUUAGUCACUUCUCUAUGUAUGGAGAAAUUGAGGAGGGACCGUUAGGGUUUGAUAAGCAGACUGGCAAGGCGAAGGGUUUUGCCUUCUUCGUGUUUAAGACCGAAGAUGGGGCAAGGAAGUCCUUGGUGGAUCCUACUAAGACCAUUGAUGGGCAUCAAUUGGUUUGUAAGUUGGCUACUGAUAACAAGAAGAUGAAGCAGCAGCAGCAGGCACCAAAUGUUGGCCCUGGUGUACCCAAUGCGAAUCCUGACUAUGGAUAUCCACCAUAUAAUAAUUACCCAGCUCCUGGAAUUCAGCCACAGCAGCAGCCUCCUCACACUCAGCCAGGAAUGAUACAGCAGCCUCAACAAUACCAACCCUAUGUUAGUGGCCCUAACAGUGGUGACUAUGGGCCUAACAUGUACAGGAUGCCACCAAGUUCAAUUGGGGUGCAGACUCCUGGAGGGUUCCCUGAUGGUGGGAAUUUUAAUGUACCAUCAUCUUACCCAUCACAGAUGAAUCAGCAGCCUGGAACAGGACCCAGGGUUCCUCCUGGUGGAAUGUAUCAGGUUCCACAUGCCUAUUAUGGAGGUACAAUGACCGGAGUUUGUGUUAGUUGUAUUUAGUAUGUUCUGUUGGCCUCCUCAGUUUUGUGUCAUUGUCUGAAGCUGUCUAUUUCUGGUUUGUUUUAGGGAUUUUUGCCCUUUUUUUCUUACUGAUUUUUGUUGGUUGGGUAGAUUAAUCUUUUAAACUAGUGAAACUGUUUUCCAAAAUCAUUUUUUUCUUUUGGUGUACUAAUUUGUUAGGUUGCUUGUGCCAUUAAGGCUUCUCUGUUUUUGAGAUGGAGCUUUAUUUGCUUUUCUUGACUGUUCUUCCUCUUUAUGCCAACACAAAAUGUCCCCUUUUAAUGUUUAGAAUCUAAUUAAUGUACUGAGUUGUAUGUGGAUAUCUGUUCAGGUGUUUGAGAGCUUGGAGCAAAUGCUUUGUAUGGUUGUGGUGAUUUCAAUGAUUGCAGACAAUGACAUCUUUGGUUGAUUAUGGCUGCUAUACAUCUGUUGCUGCUUCACUUCUAUCUGCUCCUUGUGGAUUUGUGGCCAUUACUUGAUAAUUGCUAGGUUUAGGGUAGUAGGUUAACUUGGUGGAAGUUGCUGUAUUGUGUGACAUUCUGGAAUAGACCUUUUACCAGUUUCUCCAGUAUCAUUACUCUUUGCUGUUAUUUUAUUAGUGCCUAUGUUAUAAUUUUCUAGCUCACUGGUGUUGCUCAUAAAGAGCUACUUUCCUUUGUUUCUGUUUCUUGUAUUUGAUUCAGCUAUAGUAUCUCUUUCUAUGUUAGAUUUUAUUCACUUUUUAUUGAAUUUUUUAAAUAACUUGAAUACAUUUUUUGGGAAGGCAUUAUGCUAUUACUUGAUACAAUAUUCUGGUGAAUAUGUGACAUUGUCCCCCGAGCUGACCAAAUAUGGAACCAUUUUACGUGGUGUAAUCAUGCUGUGACAUGUAGGUCUGUUGCUUUUCAUGUUGUUAAAUUAAAGUUGUUAGCAAUAGCAAAGCUCUUGCAACAGAAAACAACUGCUAACUAUUAAAGACACAUUAUUUAGCCUUUUAAGUUUUAUGUAAAAGUCUGCAUUUGAAAUUUGCUGCUAAUGAAAUCCCCAAGUUGUCUUGAUCGCUCUUGGCAAAGCGAUGAUUAAUAAUGCUGCUUUUCCUAGUUGGUUACUGAAGGACAACUGCAGUGCUUGGCAGGGAGGUUUUUGCUUCUUUGAAAAGUUGGAUUCGCUUUUUGUUUAAUGACUAGAAAGAGCACAUGUAAAUGGCGUACGUAAAUAAGUGGAAUCAUGUUGUUCAGUCUUUUGCUUUCCACUUUGUUAAAUUUUAGGUUUUAGCAGCAGCAAAGCUCUUGCAACAGAAAACAACUCUUAACUAUUAAAGCCAAAUUAUUAUGGCUUCUUAAUUUUAUCUAAAAGUGUGCAUUUGGAAUUUGCUGCUAAUGAAAUCCUUGGAAGUUGUCUGCAUCACUUUACAACCUUGAGAAUCACUUUACAUGUUUGUUUGUGUAUGAAUUGAUUGGUCCUAUAAUUUCUUUGUCAUUAUCGAUUGGUCCUAUAAUUUCUUUGUCAAUGGCACUUUCAACAAUAAGAAUUAAAUGUCCAUGGAGCUGCCUGCUUAUGUUGAGCUGUUUUGCUUCUUUCAAAAGUUGGAUUCGCUGCUUGUAUAAUGACUAAACAGAGUAUUGUAACUCCGUCUCGGCUCCCCCUCCCCCGUCCUCUUUUUCUUCCAUCUCACUCAUUGUGUGACAUUUUUCGUUCUUCUUUUUCCUGGCUGCUGUUGCAUGUUCUAGGCUCUCACAGUACAUGUGCUCAUUUGUUUUUUAUUUUUUAAUUGGCCUAAAGAGAUUUCCUUUGUGUGGUAUGUCUUUGCUGUUAUAAUGACAUAAUGUUACUUCCAUAUGUUUGAGUUUUGAAGUAUGUAGCUAAAACACAGGAAGUGGUAGUAGAUUCUGGUUGUUAAUGGGCUUUAAAGAAGUGGUAGCUUUUAUUCAUAGCAUUUUUCUUAGAAACUAUUUCAGUAGCGUCGAGGACCCUGUCCGACUCUUGUUACCUUAUGCCAUACCUAUUAUGUAUGGUCCUAGUUGUAGGUAGGUAGGUAGGUAGGUAGUAUUAGUACUUUUGUACUUGGCAAACUUAAAAUAAUCAUUAUAAUUAUAUUGUACUCCAGAAUUUUAUAUAUAUAUAUAUAUUAUCAGUCUUACCUAAUUAUCUAUUUUAUAUAUAUAUAUAUAUAUUAUCAGUCUUACCUAAUUAUAUAU